AUGAGCCGCCGCCGCCGCCUCGGGACGGCACCGGAGCCCUCGGGGCCAAACGGCGCCGGCCGGAGCUGCCGGGAGAGGAACCGAGAGCCGACGGGUUGUUCUGGGGGUCCCGGGGGGGUUCCCGUGGGGGGUCCCGGUGGUCCCAUGGUUGUUCCCGUGGUCCCGGGCUCCCCGGCCGAGGUCGAGGCCGCUCUCGGGGCCGUGGCCGAGCUCUUCCCCCGGCGCCUGUUCGGGGACGCGCUGCCCCCGCUCGUCCUGCGCCAUCAGCUCUACGCCCUCGUCAGGGACCGGACAGCCGUGGAUCGAACCGGCUCCGUGACCAGGGCCGGGUUCGGUUCCUGCACCUGGGGCUGGGCCCCGACGCGCUGGGCGUGGUCAGCCUGGAGCUGUACCGGGAGAAGGCCCUGGCAGCGGUGGCCGGGACCCCCCGGGAGGGGCUGGUCCGGCGCUUUCUGGACGUGGCCGUGGCCGGGACCCCCCGAGCUGAGCCUGGAGCAGCCGAGGAUGAGAGAGCUCGGCUUUGGGGACAGGGAUGUGACGGCUCUGGUGGCCGCGGGGCUCCUGACCGUGCGCGACGCCGGGAGUUGGUGGCUGGCGGUGCCGGGAGCCGGGCGCUUCCUGAGGGCUCUGCUGCGCGGCCGCCGGGCUCUGCUGUCCCUGGUCCGGCGCUCGCGGCACCGCGAGGUUCCCCUGAGGGAGCUGCAGGGGGGGAAAACCCCCCCGGGGGCCGGGCUGGGGGUCCCGUUCCUGCUGCACGACCUGCUGGGAGACCAGAAACUGCUCAGUGUCCCCACGGCCGCCGGGCCCCUGCUGCGUUUGGCCGAUUCCUGAUCCGGAACCUUCCAGAGGAUUCUUUAAAUCCCGCCCCGAAUUCCCGAGGGGGCGUGGCCUCGGUGCCUUUAAUUCAUUUAAAUAUUAAUUUAAAUAUUAAUUACCUGCCUCGGCCCCGCCCCCUGCGGUCCUG